AUGAGUGACCUAGGGAGCUUAUCAGACCAUGAAAUAUCUAACGCUCCUAUAUAUUAUGAUGGGGGUGACUUGGAUGUAUACAAGUACUUAAAAUAUUUUCAUAAUCACUAUCCACUAUUUUCUAGCUCUGAGAAUUUGAAUCUAGAUGAAAAAGGUAAUUCUGAAUUUGAUACUGAAUAUAAUCACUUUAUGAGUGUGAUUGCUGCAUUUUUAAUGUAUGAGUGGGAUUGUAUGAAAAAUGUAGCUAGAAUAGAGAAGAAUUGGUAUAAUUUAACUAAGGAUGAUCAAGAAGUAUUGAGGAACUGCAUACAUGAGGAUAUUAACAAGUUACGUCAUUCAAUAGCAUGCAAUCAGCGUUUUUUGAAGUUAAUGUUAGCUCCUGGCCUUUAUAAUGAGACGAAUGCAUGCUGCUGUGAAGCUGGAAAGACUCAUAUUUCACUCAAUGACAAUCAAAUUAUAAAUUAUAAGCAAGAUCAAGAAAGUAACAGUGAAAUGGAUGCACCUCCUCCAUAUGGGGAAAGUAUGAUUGAGAAAUUAGUCUUGGAGUAUCAUAGCAAAGAGAAGAUAGAACAGAAAGAUGCAUUAAUUGUAUCUAGUGAACUAGUUCAGAGUGAAUCUCUACUAAACAACGUUGCUUCAUCCCUACCAGAAGCAAUAACAGAGAAUUAUUCUUAUUGUAAUUCUCCAAAAAAUGAGAGUAUGCAAGAUAAGAAACUUAAUUUGUUGCAUAGAGAAGAGAGAAAUAAUGUUGCUGAUACAGAUUCUACUUCAAAAUGUAAAGUUUCAAAAUGUGGAAAUAUAGUAUCUACUACUUUGAAUAAUCUAAGUAAGGCAAAAGCCACAUUGAGACAAUUUGUCCGCGAUUGGAGUGAAGAGGGUAAAAUAGAAAGAUCGCAAUCUUAUGAUCCUUUACUAGAAGCUUUAACUAAACACUUACCUAUUUUGAAAGAUAAACCUUUACCAAGAGUUUUAAUCCCUGGAGCGGGAUUAGGCAGAUUACUAUUUGAAGUUGCAAAACUUGGAUAUGCAUGUCAGGGAAAUGAACUAAGCUAUGCAAUGUUAUUGGCAAGUAAUUUCGUAUUGAAUUAUGUCUUUGAACCUAAUUCAAUUGUUCUGUAUCCUUAUGUUUUAUCCUUAUCAAAUAGACCCAAGAAGUCAGAUAAUACUAGACCAGUUACUAUACCUGAUAUAUCUGUAAGCAAUUAUAUAGAGUCAGGACAUGACUUUAGUAUGUGUGCUGGAGAAUUUGUAGAAAUAUACUCAAAACAACAUGAAUGUUGGGAUGCAGUCUUAACAUGUUUCUUUCUGGAUACAGCACGAAAUAUAUUAGCAUAUAUACGUACAAUAAUAACCUUAUUGCCUAGAGGAGGGAUUUGGGCUAAUUUAGGUCCCCUGUUAUAUCACUAUUCAGGAAUGUUAGACAUAACAUCUAUAGAACUAUCUUGGGAAGAAAUUAAACCAUUUAUACAGGAGUACUUCGAUAUUGUCACUGAAGAGUGGAGACAUGCUACUUAUACUUGGAAUCCCAGUAGCAUGUUUAAGAUUGACUACAAGUGUAUAUACUUCGUGGCUAUUCGAAAUGAUAAAGCUUUACAAGGAAUAUCUAAUGACUUCAACUAA